ACAGCUACCUCAACCCUUGCUCUCACCCCAAACACCGAACGGGGAUACCCCCUUCAGAUCCUCACAGACCCCACUGGCCGCCGCACACAUCUCACAAGAACCCUACAGAGACCCUCACAAAUCCAGACACCCACGGAUGACUCCAGAGAUAUCCGAAAACCCUACCCAGAGACUCUCAAAAAGAUCCCUCAAAUCCUCUUAAAAGAAGUGAACCCUCUAGGUUUGUCCUCUCCAGGUCCAAUACAACGCACACAGGAGACCUUACCCACCCGGGAGGUGAUCAGACUGCUGUUGACACUGAGACUGCUGGGCGUUCCUGUUGCCCUGGUGACGGAUUCCUUCUCUCCCCACCUUGGUUCCAGAGGAUUCAGUAAAGUCCCUUCUUAAUCGGCCCUGGAUUGCCUCUUCCCUCCUCCUUCCACUCUUCCCCAAGAUCUGGCCAGAGCUUUGCAAAUUUCUGCAGGUGUCCAAGCCUCCUCCCCAAAUCGUAGACUUCAGGCAAGUCCAGUCAUCCACACAGUGUGCCCUGCAGCUGGGUCUCAUCCACAACCAAGAGCCUUCCCUCCCUCGGGUCUAACACUUCCCCUUCUCAGCUUCAGACAAGACCCUGACCUAAGGACUUGUAACAACCAAGCCAAAACCCAGAGAUGGAAGCAGACGAGGUCACAGAAGAGCCUCAUACCACCAUGGAUGCAAAGGAGCGCCGUUCUUCAAAGGAUCCCUCUGCCGAGAACUCACAGGAGCCUCCUAUCACUGAAACCCCCUUGGAGCCUUCCAUGCCCGAGACCCCUUUAGAGCCCAUUACCUCUGAAACUCCUUUGGAGCCUUCCACUUCCCAGAUCCCUUUAGAGACCCACACCUCUGAAACCCACACCUCUGAAGCCCCCUUGGAGCCUUCCAUCCCUGAGACCCCGUUAGAGCCACCCACCUAUGAAACCCUUUUGGAGCUUUCCAUCUCCAAUGCCUCUUCAGAACACUCUAUCCCUGAGAGCCCAUUGGAGAUCCCAGAGAAACACUUUACUUCUCAUAACUCAUCACCAGGCCAUGUCUCUGUGUCUUCCUCUCAAGCUCUGAAGGACGACCUCUUCUCUGAGGCUUCCUCCAGUCAGGUCUCAUGGACAAGGCGAUCCAACCAGAUCUCUGAAUCUGAGCUCCUUCAACAGCACUCACUUUCAGGCCCUUCAGCCCAGGUCCACAUGGACACAUCUGCAAAGGAAAGGGAGGAGGAUGAAGAGGACAAAGAGGCGGUAGAUGCCACUGAAAGCACCCCUCACACAGCUCAGCCUGGACAUCACCUGGGAAACACAGACCGCCCAGUGGUCCCUGCUAAGCAGGCAGAGUUGGUGGAAUUCGCUAAGACAAUGCACAGAGAGAAGUUUGGUGCUCAUGUGAAUAAUCUUUUCCAAUGGGAGAAGAAUGCCGCCCUGAAUGCCAUUCAGACAGGUCUCUACAUUGGCUGGCGCUGCCCCCACUAUCUAUGGGACUGUUUCCGGAUUGGGGAUGAGUCUAAGUGCUUUUGUGGACACUUGUUGAGAGAGCACCAGAUCAUCUCAGACAUAUCCGUGCCAUGCAAUGUGAGCCAGUGCCGCUGCCUCAUGUUCUGCUUUAUCCCAUCACGCCCAGAGGAGGUGGGUGAAUUCUGGCUCAAGAGACGAGCCACCUUUGACCCCAAGGCCUGGAGGGCCCAAUGUCGCUGCAAACACAGCCAUGAAGACCACGCAGCUACCAAGUCCCAUCCCUGCAGGGUGAAAGGCUGUUGCUGCAACUGCUUUGAGUCUAAUUUCCUCUGUGCGGCCUGUGACCGGCGCUGGGAGGAACACGAGACUUUCUUUGAGACUAAGUCAACCCGGCAACGAGGAGGGAGGCCUCACGGGACAGACACUGUCAACACCUCGCACAGGCCUCUGUGAGCCUGGCCCAGAUCAGCAAUAAAGGGGAAGCCACUGGAAUCUGACCUGGCUCUUUAUGGGGCAGCAAGAACCCAGCCCAGGGCUAGAAUCCUAAGACUUUAGAGUCAGCACCUACUGGGGGUGAAAGAGGCUGGAUCCAGCCAUCUGCCUCCACCACACUCACAUUUAAGCUGCUAGUUCUGGAAUUAGAAGAAGAGAGUGUCUUCAAGGAAGUCAAGGGGUGGGGGGUGUUUCAAGAAGGAGAGUGACCAGUGAUAUUAAAUGCAGCUGUGGCCUCCAGUAAGAUAAAAACUAAAAAGUGUCCAUUGGAUUUUCUAAUUAGGUCUUUGGGGACUUCAGAGACUAUAAUUUCAGUGGUGCAAUGGAGGCAGGAGUUUCUUUAGGAAGCUUGGAUAAAAAGAGCAGGAGAGAAGUCAGACAACAACCAGAGGGAGAUGUGGAGUCAAGGGAUCAUUUUUUUUAGGAGAAAAAGGGAAAGAGACAAGUAGAGAAAGAGACCUUGAAAGAUACAGAAGAGAGUUGCCUGGUGAGACAAGAGAUGAGAGGGGGAGGGGAUCAGGUCAAGGCAGAGGUGAAGGGAUUCGCUGGAUGGGAGAAACACCACUUUCUAAGACCAAGAAAAAGGAAGGAAGAAAGGAUAGGGCCUUCACUGAGCUGCAGGGAGAAGGAUCUUAUGGAAGUUCCCCUGUGAAGUAGGAGACAAGAUCAGUUGUUGGAGGGGGAGGAGAGGGAUAAGAGUGUGGGGAGUAGGAGGCAGGGAAAGAGAAGUGAAGGUUUGGGAAGGCUAAUGUGGAGAAUUGGAGAAAAACAUGAUCAGUGGGUAGUUGAGGAUUCAGGUACAGUUGGAAGCAGGAACCUAGUUAGAAAAGCAGAGAAGCAAAAUAUUUGGAUUAAUAGGUGGUGACGAGAGAGUGUCAGGGAGAAUGAUCAGGAAAAUAAGGCAAAAGAAGGCUUGAGGAUGUGGAGGGAGAUGACCAUACAAACAGGGAAAGAAAAUGACACCAGGAAUCAAUUGGCAGAUUGCAAAAAGGAAGAAAGGAAUAGAAGUCUUGAAUGAGUUCUAACGGCAGAUGUAGUGGUAAGAACUGAAGUACGGGAGACAGUGAUCAGAAGCUGCAGAGUAUUGCAGCUUUCAGAGGAGAUCACCUUCGAGUAAUCACAAAGAGUUGGAUUAGAGAAGACUGGGGCCCAGGGGCCAAAAUUAGUAAAUGUGGGGGAGUGGCUAGGAAGCCCAUAGAUGAUUCUUAUGGGGAGUAGGAGAUUCUGACACUAAUGGGCUCU